AAACAAGAGUCUCUUCUUUUUCUUCAUUCGUUCCCUCUUUUCUCUUCCUUCAUUCUCAUAUGCCCCGCGAAUUCACUCUCACCAGAUGGAGUCAGUUCACCAGGAUUAUGAUCAUUUGGUAGAGCAUACCUCCGAUAGUCCUCCGAGUUCUCCAGAUAUAAAUGACAUAGUUGGAGCCCCGCAAAUGAAUCCGCAAGUCAGUCUUGAACACCAGGUGGACGUUCCUUCCUUGAAAGAAUAUGAACAGCUUCAACUUCAAAUAAAUCCUGCUGAUUCAGAAGCUGUGCAUGAUAAUUCACUUCAUUUUGCUAUUGGUUUAACCAUCCCAACCAUGUGGGUGCCUAAGGAAGUGGAUAAUGGUUUUGAAGGGCUGCGUCUGUGGCAUAGUCAAGAGAAUGACUUGAAGAAGAAAAACAGUAUACUAGAUCAUGGAAUAGAAUCCAAACCAGCCACUUUUGUCAACAAGGGAGGUCAAUUGGAUGAAAGCCAACAUUACAUGAUGGUCCCUGGAACAUUGAGUAACGCCUGGAGUGAUUCUGAUGUUAAGAGUUUUGUCCUUAGUUUAUUUAUUUUUGGGAAGAAUUUUAUACAGAUACAAAAGUUCUUGGAGAACAAAGGCAUGGGAGAUAUACUAUCAUUUUACUAUGGCAAGUUUUAUAAGUCUGAAGAAUACCGUAGAUGGACUUCCUGCAAGAACAAGAAAGGAAGAAAAUGUAUGCAAGGACGGAAAUUUUUUAAUGGAUGGAGGCAACAUGAACUAAUGUCUCGCUUGCUUCCUCAGGUCUCAGAGGAAUUUCGAGAAAGCUUGCAACAGGUUUCUAAGUCAUAUAUUGAGGGGAGAACUUCUCUAGAAGAAUAUGUAUCAUCUUUGAAAUCUACCGUGGGACUUGGCAUGCUUGUGGAAGCUGUAGGCAUUGGCAAGGGGAAGGAAGACCUUACAAGGCUUUCUACGGAACCUGGGAGGAACAGCCAUGAGUUUUCAGUACCAAACAGCAAAGCUUGGUCUUCUCUUGAACCCAAUGAUAUAAUAAAGUUUUUGACCGGAGGAUUCCGACUGAGCAAAGCGAAAAGUAAUGAUCUUUUCUGGGAAGCUGUUUGGCCCCGCUUACUGGCAAGAGGCUGGCACUCUGAGCAACCGAAUAGUCAAGGAUACAUCUGCUCUAAAGAGUUUUUAGUUUUUCUCAUCCCUGGUAUUAAGAAAUUUUCGAGGAGAAAACUUGUGAAAGGUGAUCAUUACUUUGAUUCUGUCAGUGAUGUGUUGAACAAAGUUGUAGCUGAGCCGAAUCUUCUUGAGCUUGAAGGCGAAGAAGCUAAAGUUGAUAGCUGCAAUGAUGAAGAGACUGAAAAGGGAUUGACUGAGGAUUCUCAAUCGGAUGGUCAUCGCCACUGUUACCUCAAACCUCGUGCUUCUAUCAAUAAUACCAAUCCUAUGAAGUUUACAGUUAUUGGUACCAGUUUGUUGCAUGGCAGGAAGUCAUCUGAAUCUAGGGAUUUGAGGUCUAUACCUGGUAAACCAUUGGGAAAAAUUGAGGUAAAUUCUGCUGGCAUAACAUGUAAUAAAGAGGACAAAGAUAUCAAAAAGGCUAACCCCAUUAAGGGUGACCUUGACAACAAAAAGUUUGCAAUAUUCACCGUUGUUGAUACUAGUUUUCCUUGUGAAAGAAAUUUAUCAAAGGUGAGAGAAUUAAGAUAUCCACUAGCUAAACUGGAAGAAGCUUCGAAGAUAAUUGGAAUUAAAAGAGAAAGUGAUGGGAGUUCCUCAGAUGACAAAUCUUCAAGCAAGAUAGAAGCUACUAUGGUUGUAUGUGGGAAAAAGAAUAAGAAGAAUUUUCUGAAAGGCACGCACGAUAGAGAUGCUGCUAAACCGAAAGCACAUGGUUGUAAAGCAGAUGGUAAUGCAAACAAGGUGGAUAAGAAAUGUGAAAAUCCGAGGACAUGUUUGCCUACCAUAAAACAUCAAUUCUGUCGGAGAGCGAGAUCAAAUCUUGCAGCUCAUCCCACCAAACGGCGAAGACUAACUGCUUGUGUUAAAUCUGAAACAAACCGCAUGCUUGAGAAGUCAGGGAGCUUUAGAUCAGAAAAACCCGGAGUCUCCCAGUCAUCCUGUUUUCCAGAUGCCAACAAGAAUGCUGGCAAUCCAAUUGGACAUGAGAAGAAUGUAAGUUCGAUUUCUCCUUCAGCUGAAGGAAGUGCUAAUGGAGAAAGCUUCCGAAAUAGAUUCCUCGUUGACAAGGUCAUUUCUUGUGAUAAAGUUGAGAAAUGUGAAUCAAAGCCACCGCUCACUUUAGAUGCAUCUCAUGUUCGGCCGAAGUUUGAAGAUGGUGAAAUAAUUGCAACUGCAGGGCACAAGGAGCAACUGCAACUGCAAAAGCAAAAUGAUAUGAUUCCUGAAGAGCAGGAAAGACCCUCGGGUGAUGUUGAGAAGCCUCAAAGCCAUGAUUCUUUGGAUCAGCAGCCUGACAUAAAUCCCAGGAGACAAAGUACUAGAAACCGGCCAUUGACUGUUCGAGCGUUGGAAUCCAUAGCAAAUGAGUUCUUGCAUUCUAAGAAGAGGCAGAAAAAGAAAGGCCCCCAAGAAACACGGAAAGAUCCAUUGAGUACUUGCUACAGGGAUCUUACCGGAGACCAAACAAUGUUGCAUCAUCAGUGUUCAAGUCCAAGAAAAUAAAUUGUAAUGACAUUUUGACAUGCCGUCUCUUUACUAGGAAUUUCUUUAGCCACCAAUUGUAGUGACGUUUUGAAUUAUGGAAACUAUGUCGUGAACAAUCUCUCACAAAUGCUUAAGCUUUUUGAAAGAGAGUGUUUUAUGACAGAGUAUUGAUACUUCUUGUAUCUUCACUGCUGCAGAAGUGAUUAGAAAUACUGUACAGUGUUUUUUAUAUGACAAAUUUGAUAAGAUAAUGGUCUUGUAAU